AUGCCACCCGAUACCGGUUCGUUUAUUCUUUUCGGCUCCCUAGCCGAGCAGAGAACUGCUCUGCCAACGCGGAUCCCGCCGCCGGCCCUUGCCUCCACCAUCGCGUCGGAGGAGCGCCGUGCCCGGCCAUGUACUCCCCCAUACUGCCGGUACCCAACCUCCAGCCCAUCACCAACAACGGCACCGGUCCGGGACGCCGGCAAGGUCUCUCUUGGCCUCCCUCCAUCAACGAGGUGGAUGCAGCUCGAGGCGCGCAUCUGGACCGAGGUCGCGGAGCAGAGCCAUGGUCGACAUGACCUCGAUCCAGCCACCCAGCGCGCCGCCCACAUGAUCCUGCACGGCUGCACCACUGGAUCCCGGCUGCUCCACGAACGACUAUCCCCUGUGCUGCCGCCAGCUUCCCCAGGCUACAGCGCCAGUGACCGCUUCCUCUGCAUCCCGCUUCGGCGGUGCCCCUGCAUCUCGCGGAUCCUGCGGCAAGUCACCGUCCACCUGCAUCCGCGCGGUCCGGCGGCAGCUUUCCUCUCCCCUGGACAAGGACAUAGUUUUCUGGCCGAGGAUGGCGAGUUGAGGUCCAGCUCCUCCUCAUCUCUGAACUCUGGCAGAAGGUCGAUCUUCUUCGGUCCACCACGAGCCGUCUUCAGCAAGGAUGAAGAAAGGAUGGCCGAGGCCUUUUCUGUUUGUUCCCAUCGCGUGGAGCAACUGGGAGGACGACAAGAUGUAUGGCUGGAGCCUGGAGUUAGCUAUACCGGGAUGCAGCUGCAGCCAAUGUCCCGUAUUGGUAUUGUGUAUAGUAUUUUUCUUCUUUGUGUCUUAUCCGAUGAAUCCAGAAAUUAGGUAUCAGCUGUUGUUUCUUUCUUUCAAGCUAAGGAGAUUGUCCAAUAAAUA